CUGCCAUGGGCCCUUGCUUGGGCUCCGAUGAAUUCAGUCUUUGGGUUCCUCGGGAAUCGGUGCUGUUAUCUGUUGGUUGCCAUUCUGACUCCUUUGCCAUCCGCACUGCCUUUGCUCCCUUUCGAUCCUUCCCACGCCCAAGGGCAAGGUCACUUCACUGUCACUCCAUUUGCCGUACACUGCGUCAACAUUACGUAGACAGAGUAAGUUUUUUGCCCUCGUUUCUCCAACCGUGGCUGGCGGAUGGGAUUCUGUGAAAGAAGCCGGUUUCCAGGCUGUAUCGAAUGCUUUCAUAACAAGCUGAUCGCGGUAAAGUGACGCGUCUAUCUUCGAGGCUUCAUAAAGGCUUCAUCUGAGCACUUGCACCCAGGGCUAGGGCUGCGUCUCUCGCCCUCUCUUUUGCGGAUCUCGGCUAAUCCAUCUGUCUCAAGAACAAGAACCGCCACAGCUAUGUUUAGUCCCUGGUGAUCGUCAGCCAGCUCGCGUUCCUCAUCAACAAGGAUCGAUCCGGUGUUACAGCACGCUUCAACGUAGUCGCAAUCUCACUCUUCCAAAAAAAAAUCGAUCCGAGCUACAAUCUGUCUUGGGGCUUGAUGAGACAGAUGAUGGAUGUGAACCCUGAACAAAUGAGAUGUGUGUCACAUUCGAUCUCUUCGUGCGUGUUGCUGCUCAAUUCCACUAUGAUCAUGACCACUGCGAUCGACGGCAUAAUUGCAGCAGUCGCCCGUCGAUCACACGAUCAUCAAUCCAGCCGAGUCUUUGUCUCGUCAAGACGAUUCAAAGGGGUGAAUCAUGACCGCUCUUUCGCAUCGAAGAUGACGAUUAUGAUGGGGUGGGUAAGACGUAUCCAGUCAGCGAGGUGGCAACAUCAGAGAGAGUUAUGUCAAGGUUCACGCAUAUGCGGCCGUCCUCACACCACCAUAAAGUCUAGCAGCCGUUGACUGCCUAUCCUUACCAAUCGCCGCACUUUCUGGAAGCUCCAAGAGAGAAAUCGACCGCGGCUAGGCACUACUACAUGAACAUCGCCCCCGACAGAUGCUUUAGCAACGUUAAUUUAUGGCUCGCGAUCGAGAGUGAAAGAGCUCUUUGGACGCCAAAGGAACGAUACGGUAUGUUUGUUCAUGUCGCAAGAGUGUUCGAAGAUGGAUGGAUGGUCAGCAAUGGCACGCAUCCUGACUAGGCCACCGAAUAAUGCUAUCGGGUGGCCGUCUCAUCAUAAGACCAAACUCGAACAGACUCCAAGCACAUUCGCUGCACACUUGCAGUCAAUCGCAGAGAAUUUUGAUGGAUCAGUAUCCAUGGCUUAUCGACUAGGAAGCGCCGACUGCGUCGGCAGACAUGCCUUGCCUCUCAGACAGAUCAAACCAAUUUUUUUGGACUUUA